GCGGCAGCUGCGGCGGUUGAGUCAGCUUUAGUCCCACUCUGCUCGCCUCCCACUCUCUGAAACUCUGCUGUCAGGGGAGCCAGUCUCCCCUCGAAGGUGCUCCCUCCAUACUGGACCCCCACAGGGAACCACGUGUGCCCAGCCGGGGCACUGCCCCAGCUGAUGCCCCAGAGCGCCCACACAUCUCAAGAGGGGCUCUGGGCCCUGCCCUGCCCCCUCAUGGCGCAUGAGUUGGAGCCUGAGGCCGCCGGGCUAUUGGACCUCAGUUUCCUGACGGAGGAAGAGCAGGAGGCGAUUGCAGAGGUCCUGAAGAGAGAUGCUCACCUGCGCCAGCGGGAGGAAGGCCGUGUAAGCAAGCUCCGGGCUUCACUGGAAGACCCUGGGCAGCUGAAGAUCCUGACGGGGGACUGGUUCCAGGAAGCUCGUGCCCAGCGACACCAGCACACCCACCUUGGCUCUGACCUCGUUCGAGCCUCUUUCCGCCGAAAAAAGAGUUCCAGGGGAGAUCAGUCUCCGGGCCUCCAGAAGGCCGAGGCUGCCGGCAAAGGGAAUGAAGAGGAGCCAGAGCCCAGGCUCCCCGCCGAAGAGGCCCCUCAAGAGAGCUUCACCAAGGCAGAGGUACCUGAUUCCUCCACCCCAUACGCAUCUCCAUGGGCUUCUGAUCAGGAGGACGGGCCGCAUGCCCAAGAAGCCCCUAGUCCUGGGGGCGAACAGGUCUGCGCCGAGGAGAAGGCGUCGCCCGAGCCGCGGUCGCGGGGCACCGAGGAGCCAACGCCCCCUCCAGCUCAGAACCAGGCCGCGUCCGAGACCCAGGAGAAUGGGGAGGAGACGCCGGGGCGCUGUCCCUCCCUCGACCGCAUGCUCAGCAGCAGCUCCUCGGUGUCCAGCCUCAACUCCUCCACGCUGAGCGGCAGCCAGAUGAGCCUGUCCGGAGAGGCGGAGGCGGGCGCCGUGCAGGUGCGCGGCUCGGUGCACUUCGCGCUGCGCUACGAGCCGGGCGCCGGCGAGCUGCGCGUGCACGUGAUCCAGUGCCAGGGCCUGGCGGCCGCGCGCCGCCGCCGCUCCGACCCCUACGUCAAAAGCUACCUCCUCCCAGAUAAGCUGAGCAAGCGCAAGACGGCGGUCAAGAAACGGAACCUGAACCCCGUCUUCAACGAGAUUCUCCAGUACUCCGUCCCGCAGGCCGAGCUCCAGGGUCGCGUGCUGAGCCUGUCCGUGUGGCAUCGCGAAAGCCUGGGCCGCAACAUCUUUCUGGGAGAAGUCGAAGUGCCCUUGGACACGUGGAACUGGGACUCUGAGGCCACCUGGCUCCCCCUGCAGCCCCGGGUCCCGCAGUCGCCUGACGACCUCCCCAGCCGCGGGCUGCUCUCGCUGUCCCUCAAGUACGUCCCUGCAGGUGCUGAGGGUGCAGAUCAGCCCCCGAGCGGGGAGCUGCACUUCUGGGUGAAGGAAGCCCAGGACCUCAUUCCCCUGCGCUCAGGAUCCCUGGAUUCCUACGUUCAAUGUUCUGUGCUGCCCGAUGACAGCCGGGCCGGCCGCCAACGAACAAGGGUGGUACGCCGCAGCCUCAGCCCCAUGUUCAACCACACCAUGGUCUAUGAUGGCUUCGGGCCUGCUGACCUGCGCCAGGCCUGCGCUGAGCUGUCUCUUUGGGACCACGGGGCCCUGGCCAGCCGCCAGCUGGGGGGCACACGUCUCAGCCUGGGCACAGGUAGCAGCUAUGGGCUGCAGGUGCCCUGGAUGGAUUCCACCCCCGAGGAGAAGCAGCUGUGGCAGACUCUCCUGGAGCGACCGUGUGAGUGGGUGGAUGGCCUCCUGCCCCUCCGAACCAACCUGGUCCCCCGGACAUAGUUGUCCCAGCAGUCCUGCCAAACUCUCUGUACCCCCGUCUCAGAGCCUGCCCUUGGCUAAGGUCAAUAAAAUUUAUCCUAAGGACAAUGAGGGGCUAAGGUCUGCUUGCGGAGCAGGGGAGAGGGGCGAGGUGACAGCAGGAAAGAGCAUUUCCGUUUAGAAAUAAAUAGAAUAAAUAAAUAAAUAAAUAAAAAAUAGAAGGGGACCAGGAAAGGCAUUUUAGACUCAGACCUAAAGACCUAAUUGCUGGCCCUUGGGCCCCACCUGGAUGCCAUACCUUAAAAGCUGACAAGACUGUGGCCGGAGCCAUAGUACAGUGGGUGGUGACUUUGCCUUGCAUGCAGCCAGCCCGGGUUCGAUUCCCAGUAUCCCAUAUAAUCCCCUGAGCAUGGUCAGGAUUAAUUCCUGAGUGCAGAACCAGGAGUAACCCCUAAGAAUCAUUGUGUGACCCAAAAAGAAAAAAAAUUUAAAAAGACAAGAUUAAGACCAAGGAUACGAAAGUGUUGGGUUUAAUAGUCUUAAACCUGGCAUGCUUGGGGCAUCUCUGUGGUUGGUUUUCCCACCUGCCUGAUCUCUUCCCAUUGCCCCUCGGUGUGGGAUGUGUCAGUGCUGCUGGGGUCUUCUCCAUUUGCCAUCCUUUGGUGUGGCCUCCUGCCUCUGCUGCCUUUACUCCGCCUCUCGGGAACCAAGGGCCGCUGCCGUGGAUCCCGCUCGCUGUGUCAAGAUGGCUCUCCAGAUGCGACACACCAUCCCUCCCCUAGUAUGUGGAGGGGUUCUGUGUGACUCUUCCAGAAGGCCCCAGGCUCUCUCCAUUACCCAGCCUGCCUGAGACCCUCGUUUCCAGAGAGCAACUCAGGUCAGCCUAUCACUGCGGGUCA